CCAAAACAAAGGGCAGGCGGCCCGCGGGGCGGCGGCGGGAGGAUGCCUCGAUCCCUGCCGAGGCGCCAACGGCCGCAGCGCGUCCCGGGCCGCGCCGGGGCCGCCUAGAGAGCAGAGCCCGCGCUGACCGAGGCCCGGGCCGGAUGGGCGCUGCGGGCCGGGGCGCGGACCGCCGAGCGGCCGUGGUGACAUUCUUCUCUCGUCCCAGCUGUGUGGACAGUGCCACACGCCCUCCAGAACAACAACGGCUCUUGCGUGCAUUUUCCAGUGUUUCUUUUGUCAGAGAGCCCAGCAGAGCCAAGGGUCUUCCAGAGCCAGCCCGGAGCUGAGUGAGGAGUGCCCAGCAGAGAUGGUGAAAAUGACAAAAUCCAAAACGUUCCAAGCUUACCUGCCGAACUGUCACCGAACGUACAGCUGUAUCCACUGCAGAGCCCACCUGGCCAACCACGAUGAGCUCAUCUCCAAGUCCUUUCAGGGAAGUCAGGGGCGAGCCUACCUCUUCAACUCGGUGGUGAACGUAGGCUGCGGCCCCGCCGAGGAGAGAGUCCUCCUCACCGGGCUGCACGCGGUCGCCGACAUCUACUGCGAGAACUGCAAGACCACGCUCGGCUGGAAAUACGAACAUGCCUUCGAGAGCAGUCAGAAAUAUAAAGAAGGAAAGUUUAUUAUUGAGCUUGCUCACAUGAUCAAAGACAAUGGUUGGGAGUAAAGAGAAAACUUUCCAUUCUCUUUUGAAUACUAUUUUGUGAAAGAAACUGU